CAAGUGCUCCGCGUCGCACGCGCCACAGCGGAGAAACACCUUCAUCAAUACAGUGAGUUUCUGGAUACCUUGGAGGCCCCGGCAUUCGAAACCACGCAGCAGCGACGACGCUUCCUGGCCAAGGCUAUGGACUUCUUUAAGCAAGAGGGCACCAUGUACCGCCGGCGCGGCAACCAGCCGCCGCAGAAGGUAAUACUAUCCGCAGACGAACGCCUUCGAACCCUGAAGCAAGCCCACGAA